UCUGUGCCAACUGUGACAGGAUCAGCAGUGUGGUCAGGACUGAUCUCACUGAUCCCACCCCUGGGUCUCCUCCCAGAGCCUGUGAGUCGUAAAGGCCCGCCAAAAAUCAACUUCAUUUGACUCCGCCCCCCUCAAAAUGCCAAGGAACCUAAAAAUCAUCCUCAGCUUUGCUCAGACACAUAGAGACCAUCACAGCGCUGCCAUCCCAUCUCAUCUUUUAUUCAUCAAAGCGACAGUGCACUACCGGCUGGAAACAUUUUAUUAGACUUUUGUAAAAAAAAUUUCACCUUGUUCUUCUUGGGGAUUGGAGAGAGAUGGUAUGGGGUUAAGGGUCCCGCUGGAUUUCAUCAGAGCAUGAAGCACAGGAUGUUGACUCUGACAGCUCUUCACCUGGCGGCGGUGAUCUGGUGAGACCCGGCACACGAGAAAGAGAGAGAGAAAGAGAGAGAGAGAUGGCAGAGAUGCAGGUCAUCUCCACCCGUUCGCAGGUCCGAACCGGCCCGGUUCGCACCCGGCGGAACAUUCCGGAGGAGCAGGUGGAGCUGUGGUGGUUCCGGGAUCCGCGGAAGUCUCUGGCGUGCUACUGCCUCUCGGUGGCGCUGGUCCUGGCCUGCGGGGCGGGCGGGGUGGGCGUGCUCUCCACCACCACCGGCGCGUCGGGCGCGUGGCGUCUGGUGGUGGGCGUGGCGCUCUGCCUCCUGGCGCUGGCCGUGCUGCUCAAGCAGCUGCUGAGCUCGGCGGUGCAGGACAUGGGCUGCGUGCGCAGCUGGGGCCGCAUCCGCGCGCUCAAGAGCGGCGGCCCCUCCGACCACGCCCUCGUCCUGCUGACGGGCGUGGCUCUGCUGGUCUGCGGCUCGGCGCUGCUCGGCCUGGCUCCGCCCCGCCCCGGCCCUGGCUCCGCCCCCGACGACAUGUCAGUCACAGGGGCGGUGCUGCUGGUCGGGGGUGGGACCACGGUGCUGGGUGCGGCCGGAUACUCUGCCACAGUGUACCUGCUGGACCGGACAGGCAGUGGGCGGAGACUGAGGGAAAGGGUGGCGGCCAUCUUUACCAUCUCUGGCCGAAUGGGUGAGACAGGGAGGGAGGCCACCUCCAGCAUGGUCAACUUGCUCUGAGGGAUGGGAAUACAGUAUUUAUUAUUAUUACAGUAGACAUAUUAUAAUGCACUGUUUUCAUACAAACAUGGAAACAGACAGGGGUAAUCAAUGGUGGCACACACCAUGAACACAGGCUGGGAUCUUAAGUUGCAAGUUUCAAGCUGUGACUGUUAUCAGUGGAUGGAGUUGUGGAUAUUUUCAUUUUAUGGAAAUCUUAAAGCCUUUCAUGUUGGUUUCUGCAUAUCGCACAGGGAACAUAUUUUCAGAAUGUAUGUUGUUUCUUUGAACUGAACUUUGAACUCAAGGAUCCUGAGAUGAAUUACUCUAGUAAGGUGGAAGUCAGCCAGGAUUCCUUUGUUUGAUAGGAAAUAGUAAGAGGUUGUGUGUUGGUUUGGUAUUCCAUGAGGAAAACGUACACACUCACAGUAAUAAUAUGGCACUAUUCCCAGAGAAAUUAAGGUUAGUGAUAUUUCAUGGCCAAACUCUGGAAGACAAACAGAAAUAUGCAUCAUGACAUGCAUUUGUAUAUGAACAUUAGUUCAAACAGAUGGUCAAGUGAACAUAAUAUUACAAGACGGUGUGAAGUAUAAGUAAAAUGCCACAGCGCAAAAGCAGAUUAGCAUGGAUGGUUUUUGAAGGUACACUGUGAUCUAAUGUAGAUAAGUGCCAAGAACUUUGUGACGCAAUUAUCAUAUUGGGCACCCAUACAAGAAAACUGAAAGGAGUUGACAGUUUACAUGCCCUGUGUUGUUGUUCAUAGACAGGCCACAGAAACAUCACAGAGGCCACAUAAAUAACGCCACAUUAAUAAAUUAAUGACUGCAUACUGGCUGCUGCAAAAGACUGAUUAAGUACAAUUAUGCAUUACAAACCCCAGAGGGUCUGCAGGGAAACUGGGUCCUUACCACCUCACACAUGUAAACAGCACUCUGACUCACCCUGGACAGGCCUGGCCUCCGGCUGACUGGGUUCGAUUGUCCCUCGGUGUGUAACCCUGUGUGUGGUGUGUGUGACCGGGCGAUGGUCCGAUGUCGUCAGCGCUGAGCGCACGGGCAGGGGGCCAGGCGGCCGUGCUGGGUGACGCCAGCGGCUGCAGUCUGUAGCCUGGCAGCCAUCUGCCCGCUGCUCUCCGUCACCCGCGGACAACGGCCAGAUUCGCCACGUCACUCAAACCACAGGCCACCGACACACAGAGACGCGACGGCAGAACAGGGAGGCAAACAGAUCACUGUAAACUUUGUUAUUUCAUUCAGUUAUUGCCAUAUUGUACAUUAUUAAUAUAUAUUAUUUAUUAAUAAAAGUCACCAUUACUUACUGAA